AUCAGCCGAAAUAAGCUGUUUUGCUUGGCCUAAUGUGGGUUUUACUUGUGUUCGAACAUCACUCGGCACAUACAAACAAAAAUUUGCAAAAUUCUCCAACGUAAAACAACAACUACAUUUUGAAAUACUACUACACCCCAAUCCAACUACCCUUGUCUUUCUCACACUCCCAGAAGACUGAAUUGAAACCUCCAGCAGCUGUUUUAAUGGCAUUACAUUACCGGUUCUUUAGAAGCAUCGUACCUGGAUUAAGAAAAUAUUUUUCCCGCUUUGACGUAAUGAGAACGACAAGCACUUAAGCAAACUAGUUGACAAAUAGGCAAUAAAAGUGGCGCCGUUUAAAUUGAAAUUUAGCAGGAUGUCAAAAUCGAAUUCUUCCACAAGAAGCAAUUCGAUGGAGACACCUGCCGAAUGUGAAAGCGAAGUGUGCAGUCCUCAAAGGGACGUUCCUGCUAUACUGGAGGCGGCGGAGGGGCAGGAGGUGGUGCCGUCUAGCCCACCACCGUCAUAUGAAUACGUUCUGGAAGAGACGAGACUCAAAGCCCAAGCGGACGCUUCGUCGCCCGUCAAUCCCAUCAAAGGUCCGGAAAUAAUGCACAAGUCGAGUAAAGAACUAUAUCGAGCCGUGGCCAAACAGUUCGGGAUAACAUGCAAAAUGUCGGAUCAGUGUCGUUGUUUCGAUUGCCAAAGCCAUUAUUUUGAUUGCGAAUACGAACAGAAUGAACAAGAAAAAACAGAUGGAGGCCUUGGAGCUGGAACACCAAUGUUCAUAUCUGAAGUAAUGCACGGCACUGCCUGCACCAUAUUGUAACUCUAUUUUAUCGAAAACUGAUCGAAUUUUCAGGGCGGAAUGCCGACAGAGCUUUAAUAUUCAUACGUACCUAAUCAAAAAUGUUAAAAGAAAAUGUCGGGCUUUACAGUGAACGCACACAACAUUUUAUUAGGUUUGUUUUUUUACGUAAUUCUUGUUAGAUUGUAUAGAAACCUAGCAUUUAUUAUAAUAUUAAAGUAGUUCGUGUUGUAAAUACAAAAACACUUGUAACAUAUAGUGUGGGAUAGGUGCUUUCAAAAGAUCUCAAUUUGAAGUUGUAUUAUGCAAAGAGGUGGCCUAACAGACCUUCACAUCUUGUAAAUUGUUGUUAUUACGUAUUAACGGAUGAAUUGAUGUAAAGUAGAGUGUCGUGUUAAUUUUCAUAUAACUGGAUUUAUUUAUUACCGGUACAGACUAUAUAAAGUAAAAAGAAAACAGCCAUUAGUGACUUUUCUAACUCUGAAUGUUCCAUUCCUAAAGUUGGUGUAUGUCUUCAGAUAUUACUAUUUUCAUACUAUAUCAUGUAUGUUAUUAGACUAGUCGUAGUCUUAAGAGUGCAGAAUAAGUGAAAAUGUAAACGAUUGCAUAAUCGAUUCAAUUUCAAAUACCUGUUGUUGGGAACAUUGUCAAAUUAUACGAUUAAGCUAUUGGUUUAUUACUUUGUAAUUGGCAACGGGAGAAAACUAAAAGACAGGGUGUCUUCGAACUGAUUAAAAUAAUUGUAGAUUAAGUCCUUUAAGUCCUUUUUUGAUCCACUUUUAUUGUAUUGUCCAUUAAAUAUGACUGUCCUACCGUUUUACAUUGUUUGUACGCCCUGUAAUAACCAAGCUUAAGAUGUGUGGCAGAAAACUAAGGUCAUAUGUACUACAUUAAUUAUACUUGUAAUGAUAGGUACAUAAUUUUGUGUUCAGUAUAUAAUACCUAAAACUACUUAAAAGUAAACAAAAAAAAAACAUAGGGCCUAUUAUAUAAGGUAAAAGCUAAUGGAAACCGCACCAAAAUAUCUUUCGCACGUAUAUUUUGUAUAUCGGAAUUGCAGAUAAUCGUGUGAUAUUUUAAUUUACCUAAUAGUUAUUACUGUAAAUGUUUUCGGUUUUGAUUGAAUAAAAUGGUCAAAAU